GGAAGAUUCAAAUUCAACCAGAAAGUAACUGCAGAGAAUAAUGGAUGUGCUGGAGGAAUCGGAGAAAGAGGGAGAGCAUAAAGAAAAUGAAUCAGAGAUCAAUAAGGGGAGAAACAUAUCAUUUAUUGCUAAAGCAGACCAGCUGGACUCUUUGAUAGCAGAUAUAGGUGUCAUGAAUUACCCACCAUCUUAUCAGAAAAACACUACUAAAGAACAAGUCAUGCUGCAAUAUGCUGAAAAUUUCAGCCAACAGUACAAAUAUCUGUAUCCAGACAGAAAGCCUCUUCUUCUCAGUCCACUCAAUGAAUGUAAAAUUCAGAAGUUUGUAAGCACCACUCUCCGCCCUACUUUGCUGAACCACAAGGAACUAUACACUUGGAAAGGGUGUGCAGAGUUUGUUUCUGACUUUCUAAUAGUGGAUUCAUUAGAUCCUAUCACUGAUGUGCCAGAUUAUUUGUUUUCCCCAACCACUGUCCUGAAACGUCAAAAAGGAAACUGCUUUGACUUCAGUACUUUGCUCUGCUCACUGCUGAUUGGUGUGGGGUAUGAUGCAUACUGUGUCAGUGGAUAUGCUGUGAAGGAAAUGUGUUUGAUGGAUGAAACAAAGGAAAUCUGUCCACUAUUGCAGGCUGACGGCAAGGAUAAGAAGAAAGAAGUCACACCACCCAUGAAGAAGUACGCAGUGAAACCAAUCCGAGAGUUACAGAGCAAAUUUGAAAUGAACCAGGAGGCUCGUAAGCAGGCAGAAAAGAAAGCAGAAGAGGAAAGGAAACAAAGAGAUAUGGAGGCAAUGUUAAAUCUGAAAAUGAAAGGUUCACGUGAUAUCAUGUAUGGUCUGCGGGUCCACUGUUGGGUUCUAGUGCUUGCAGGCAAAAGAGAAGUCCCAGAGAACUUCUUCAUUGACCCUUUCUCAGGAAACAGCUAUGAAACUACUAACGAACGAUUCUUGGGGAUUGAAAGCAUCUGGAACCAUAAGAACUACUGGGUGAAUAUGCAGGACUGCAAACUUGGUGUCAAGGAUGUAAUUUUUGACCUUGCUGACCCUGUGAGAUGGGAGUACAUGCUGCCGUCUGAAAAUCAAGAAAUUGUUGUUCCUAAUUCAUAUGAAUAUCUUCUAGAUGAGGGUGAAGAUAAUGAUGAGAAAGAAGUGGAAAAGAUUUUUGACAUGCCUCCAUCAUGGGCUCAGCAAAUUGUUAUUUCUGCUAAAGACAUUGAAACACGCUGUCCGAAGGGAGAGAAGAUAAUUCAGUAUAAGAAGGUGAAUUUAGAAAAGUAUGCACCAUACUUGAACAUAGAUGGGAUGGUGAAGCGACUGAUUGAAUAUGAGGAUGUUGAAUGUACUUCUUUUGUGAAAGUGACAGAGUGGUAUGCUAACAGAAAGGACAUGCUGGAGAAAAUUGAACGUAACAUGAAAACUCGGACCAUUACAGAGUAUUUUAGAAACGGCCGACAUCUGGCACUUAAAAAACAUGUCUACCGAUCAUCUGAGCCAGAGACCGAAAGGACGAUGACAUUCAAUGGUAAGCUUCGUGUGGAUGGGCUGAUGAACAGAGUGGAAACCCCUACCGAGAUGACAGAGAGGUUCAGUGACAGGCCAGACUUCCUCAUGUACAGAAACACAGUAUUCGCAAAACGACUGAAGAAAGUGAAGCUCCCAGGAACCAUUCACUCAAACUACCGCACUAUUCUAAAAAUAACAGAACGCUUUGCCAGAAACAGAAAAAAGCCAGCCCACGAGGAUGUGGCAGAGCAAAUAUUUCUGAUCAAUGCGGAGCAUAUCCAGCUGACGUAUCAUCGCGAGGAUGACAGGAUCACAGCAGUGAAGAGAGAGUUCAUCCUCCCACCAAACUUGAUGCAAAAGGAUGACCAGGAGGUUAACAUGGACCAGAUUGUCAUGACUUUUGAGGUUGACCCUCUGGCGAAGCAAUGUAAAAACGUGGUUCUGUAUCAGACUAUGAUGGCACUUCUGAAGGCACAAACCACAUCAAUGCAAGCUGUCAGAGAUUCUGAGCAUGAGGUACGUGAAAUUCUCAAGGACAGGGCGGCAGAACGUAGGGCGAAUGAACUGUCCAUCUCAGUGUAUGACACAGAAAGAAAUGAGAAAGCUAAAGAACACAGAAGAACUCAGAUGCGUAUAGAGGAGGAGCAGCGGUUGCGGCGUGCCGAGGAGGAGGUGGAUUACCUUGCACCUUUCCUUGCUCGGCUGGGACAGCCCAAAAAAAUCACCAGGAAGAUAGCCAUCAUGCUCCGCAAUGACUGCCUGGCAGACAUGAAGCAGAGGCUGAUCAAUAAAGCCAAUCUCAUUCAGAGUCGGUUUGAGAAGGAAGCCUUAGAGCUCCAGAAUAAACAGCAAUGGUACCAGCAGAACCAGAUAUCCAUGACCAAGGAAGAUGAACAGGCCUACCUGUCCUACUGCUCUGAGGCCAUGUUCCGAAUUCACAUCCUUGAAAUGCGCCUCAACAAACACAAAGAGACAGCACCAAGCAUGUACCUGGCCCUGGAGGACAAGAUUCGCAAAGACCCACGGUUGGCCAAGAAGUUAAAGGGUUGCUGAACAUCUUAAUUGCCCACUACAGCACAACCAGUGUCUGGGGAAGAUGAUCCAAUGUGCAGGAAUCUUCAAUGCAAUCCCACAAGCACACGUUCAAAAUAAAAAGAAAAACAUGGUCAGAAGGGUUUCUAAUUAAUACUUUUAAUUGAUAAGAGUUAAUGAUUUAACAGUUAAUGCUGGAAACACGAGAAAGUGAGAAUACAAGCAAAGAAACAUAAAGAAUACUGGGCCAUAGUAAGUGCCCACAGAUUAGGCUAUGUUAAUGAGGAGAGAAAAAUUGGAGCCAAUAUUGCAGAUUGAUGACUUGGAGCAGAAAUGGCCAGUUCUGAUAGAAACCGAGAAAAAAAGUUACCUGAAAUUGUCAGAUUCCUUAUUGAGUCUCAAAGACUGCAACAUGCCCAGAUGGAAGAUGAAGUGCGGUUUGUCAACCUUUUAUUGAGCCUUGUUAUUACAGUGCAGGAGCCCGUAGACAGGUAGGUCAGAUUGGCAGUGCAAUGGAGAAUUGAGUGGCAAGUGGACUGAACACAGGUGCUCUGCAACGCAGUCAACCAAUCUGUAUUCACCACAGUUGCUGAAUUGUUCCAGCAUUUUCUGUUUUUAAUUCAGAUUUCCAGCACCUGCAAUCAUUUUGAUUUUUGUUUCAAGAUUUAAUUGUAUGCAUCAACAUAUUUUAUGUAAUAAAGUUCUGAAUAUGAUCAGCGCAUUGUUCAUGUGAAGGAUUCCAGGUGAGAAAACUCAAAGUUUCCCUCUUCCAAUAGACACAGGAAAAUAAAGACAGGAGGAA